CCCAAUUCCCAAUUCCCAAUUCCAGACGCGGCCUUCGCCGGCGGCAGACCGCCCGGCCAUUCGCUCUUUCUCUCUAAAAAUUCGACCAAAUUAACCUAUAAAAGAAAAUCCCCAAAUACGACUGCACUCUCCCAUUCCAUUCUCAAUCAAUCCAUGGCUAACUCGUUGACAUCAUCCUCCCGCACCUCCAUCCCCUUUCUCUCUCUUGUCUUCCUCAUCGGCCUCGUUUUCUCCGCCUCUUUCUCCUCCAUAGCAUCGGCCUACCAGCUCGGCGGCGUUCGUGGAUGGGGGAGAAAAGUUGGAGGAUGGAAGGAUAUACCUGACGCUGCUUCGAACCUAGAGGUACGAGAUAUUGGGCGCUACUCCGUCGAUGAGUACAAUCGCCGGCUCCGAGGCCCCGGUGAAGCCCCCAUCACCUUCUCCGGCGUUCUGAGCGGCCGUCGCCAGGUGGUCUCUGGCAUCAAGUACCAUCUCCGCGUGGCUGCCGUGGGCUCUCACAGCAGCGACCACCUCACGUUCGAUGCAGUUGUUAUCACCCGCCCUUCGAUCCCUGAACGCAGCCGCGACCUCCUUUCUUUCACCCGCUCCGAUGAUUAGUCUGUUCCCUGCUCUCUGUAGUAGUACGUAUAUGAAGCUUUUUUAUGUUUCUUUCGCAGUGAAUACCUUUCCCUUUUUAUGCUUUGUGAUUAUAAGAAAAUUUCUGUUGUCUCUGAUUGCUUGUAACUUCUGAUUUGAGCUUGACUAGUCUGCCAUUUUCUCUUCUUUUUUUCCCUGUAUUUUGCUUUUGGUUUUUGUAAAUAAGCAAAAAGAUGGAAUAAUAUUGAUUUCCAUGGAAACAUUGAAUUCAUCGAUGCC